CCGCCGGCGUCCAGGGAGCGAGGACGGGGCCGGCCGGGGUGCCGCUCCCGGGCCGGGGAACAGUCGGGGACGGGCGAUGACUUUUCAGGCUUGGGGAUGGCGGAGGGAAGAAGCGUCUCAGGUUUUGGCCUGGGUGCCCGACGCCGAGGGCGGGAGAGGGGCAGCGAUGUCGCGCAGGACGCCGGCUACAAAAGACCCCACAGCUGUAGAGAGAGCAAACUUGUUAAACAUGGCUAAACUGAGUAUCAAAGGACUCAUUGAAUCUGCUCUAAGCUUUGGCCGCACUUUGGAUUCUGACUAUCCCCCCUUGCAGCAGUUCUUUGUUGUUAUGGAACAUUGUCUGAAACACGGUCUUAAAGUAAGAAAAUCAUUUUUGAGUUAUAACAAAACUAUCUGGGGCCCUUUGGAACUGGUGGAGAAGCUGUACCCAGAAGCAGAGGAGAUAGGAGCCAGUGUCCGGGAUUUACCUGGUCUUAAGACCCCCCUGGGUCGUGCAAGGGCAUGGCUUCGAUUAGCCCUCAUGCAAAAAAAAAUGGCUGAUUACCUGCGUUGCUUAAUUAUUCAAAGAGAUCUCUUGAGUGAAUUCUAUGAGUAUCAUGCACUAAUGAUGGAAGAAGAAGGAGCAGUAAUUGUUGGGCUGCUGGUUGGCCUGAAUGUGAUAGAUGCUAAUCUGUGUGUAAAGGGAGAGGAUUUAGACUCACAAGUUGGAGUGAUUGAUUUUUCCAUGUAUUUAAAGAAUGAAGAAGAAAUUGGAAAUAAAGAAAGGAAUGUUCAAAUUGCUGCCAUAUUAGACCAGAAGAAUUAUGUUGAAGAAUUAAAUAGACAACUGAACAGCACGGUCAGCAGUCUCCAUUCAAGAGUUGACUCAUUAGAAAAGUCAAAUACUAAGCUGAUUGAAGAGUUAGCAAUAGCAAAGAAUAAUAUCAUUAAACUCCAAGAAGAAAAUCAUCAAUUACGAAGUGAAAAUAAAUUGAUUUUAAUGAAAACACAGCAGCACCUAGAGGUUACCAAAGUGGAUGUGGAAGCUGAGCUUCAGGCAUACAAGCAUUCUCGGCAGGGGCUGGAUGAAAUGUGCAAUGAAGCCAGAAGGCAGCUUCGAGAUGAAUCUCAGUUACGACAGGAUGUGGAGAAUGAGCUAGCGGUACAAGUUAGUAUGAAACAUGAGAUUGAACUUGCCAUGAAGUUGUUGGAGAAAGAUAUCCAUGAGAAACAAGAUACUCUGAUAGGCCUUCGACAACAACUAGAGGAAGUUAAAGCAAUUAACAUAGAGAUGUAUCAAAAGUUGCAGGGUUCUGAAGAUGGUUUGAAAGAAAAAAAUGAAAUAAUUGCCCGACUAGAAGAAAAAACCAAUAAAAUUACUGCAGCCAUGAGGCAGCUGGAACAAAGAUUGCAGCAAGCGGAGAAGGCGCAAAUGGAAGCUGAAGAUGAGGACAAGAAAUAUCUACAAGAAUGUCAGAGUAAAUCCGACAGUCUGCAGAAACAAAUCUCCCAAAAGGAGAAACAGCUGGUGCAACUGGAAACCGAUUUGAAGAUUGAGAAGGAAUGGAGGCAGACUUUGCAGGAAGAUCUUCAAAAGGAGAAAGAUGCCUUAUCUCAUCUCAGAAAUGAGACCCAACAAAUCAUUAGUCUUAAAAAAGAGUUCCUUAACCUCCAGGAUGAAAACCAGCAGUUGAAAAAAAUAUAUCAUGAACAGGAGCAAGCUCUUCAAGAACUUGGCAACAAACUUAGCGAAUCAAAACUUAAAAUAGAAGAUAUAAAAGAAGCCAACAAAGCAUUGCAGGGCAAUGCAUCCUUUAGUAGCUUCCUGGAAAAUGGUGAAUGAAGAUAAAGAUUUUAAGAAUUUGCACAUCAGCAUAUACCUUUAUUCUGCUCUCACACUUUUUUAGAAGAUGUGUAGGAAUGUCUGCCCAACUGUCAUUAUUCAAACUCUGUAAAAUAUUUUUCAUUGUUAAAUAUGUCAUGUAUACAAGAACACACACACAGUCCAUCUUAAAAACACUGGCGUACUCUCUGCUUUAGCGUAUAAUAGAACAUGUAUGCUCCCUGAUUGCAUUCUCCUCCCUAUAGUAACAACCCGCUAUUUUGUAUUAAUAAUUAUGUUGUUUUUCUUUAUAGUUUUAUCAUUUAUGACUAUAUUUAACACAGUAUUAUCUAGAUUUCUCUGUUUUUAAAUGUAUGCAAAUGGAUUCAUAUGUGACUUGAUUUUCUGUUGUUUGUCCUUGCUAUUGACCAGUUGAUGGGUCUGGGACAGCUUGUCCUACAGAGUUUCUCACAUUCUGGAUUUUAUCUGAUUGCUUGUUCAUAGUAUUCUUAAACUUGUUUCUCUAUCCCUUUAUUGCCUAUAAACUGUAAGUUAAAUCUAAAGACUUGGUUAGAUUCAGGUGCAACUUUCUGUGAGACUUUUUAUUUCUACUGUCAUAUUUUUAAUAUUCAGCAGGCUCUUAUUUGCUCAUUUUUACUUUUUAAAGUAGCAUCCUGUUAUUUUAUCUCUGAGGAUAUUCAUUAUAGUUUCUAUAAGUUUUCUUUUGCUACUACCAUUCUGUGUUUCUUCUGAAUUCCAUUCUUGGGGUGUUUCUUAGGUUGAGGUACCUCAUACCCAAGUCAUUCCUCAAAUGUUGGAUAAUCCUCCAAUUUCAAUAAAAGGUACAAAAAAUCUUUAUGGAAGCCCUGUGUGUGUUGGUUGGGUGAAUGGGGGUGGGUUGUUAUAGAGUGGUAAGCCUUACCAUAUUGAAAUCUAUUAGCUAGCAGACUUUUGGGUACCCUCUUGAAAUAAUGUUAGUAUCUACAGGACUUUUCCCUGGGGCAGUUGAGUUUCUCCAGAGAAGGAUCCUCUAACAUCAUGUCUGAGAGGUAUAAGUUGGGUGGCUGACAUUCUGGAACUGGGCACAAGAAAAUAGCCAUUUGCAGAGCAAUAGCUUGCUCCCUUCUAGUCUUGGCUCUGCUUGUAAACAGCUGUUUCCUUGAGGAAGCAACUUCAACUCUCUGGACCUCAAGUUUUCUUAUCUGUAAGAUUAGAGCUGUAGGUGCUGAUCUCUGAGGUGUCUUCCAACUGACAGAGUACGCUGACCCUACAGUAUAGCUUUUCUCUUUGGAAGAGGUGCGGGAUAAGUUCAGUCAAAUUAAAAUAAGUCUGGAAGGCCAGCCCUGAUGUCAGAAAGGUUAUUCUGAACCUAAUGAUGCUGCUUGGAAAUCUGCUUCACAGCAGGCUCUCCAUCCUUUACAGGUGAAACUGGGCAGGAAACAAAGCUGCUUCCACUAGGUGGCUUUGGGACAUUUGGCAGAUCACUUUCCUUAUUAUGGUGUUUAUCAGUUUGGACUGGAUUACCUUUAAGUUCCCAUCUUGCUUUAAAAAAAAUUUCACAGUUCCAGUCAUCUUAUUCUUUGCUGGUGUUAGUCUGGUAUGAGCUAUCUACUUUUUUUGUGUGUAUGUGAGGAAGAUUAGCCCUGAGCUAACAUCUGUUGCCAAUCCUCUUUUUGCUGAGGAAGACUGGCCCUGGGCUAACAUCCGUGCCCAUCUUCCUCUACUUUAUAUGUGGGACAUCUUCCCCAGCAGGGCUUGAUAAGUGGUGCAUAGGUCCGCUCCUGGGAUCUGAACCUGGGAACCCCGGGCCGCCAAAGCAGAGCGUGUGAACUUAACCACUGCGCCACUUGGCCAGCCCCGUACUUUUAUUUUUUUAAAGCCUUCACUUGUCACAAUCCUGUGUUCUAAGGAGCAUUAGACUGCCUCAGGUGCAGUAACUCAACACCGUUUGUCUUACCUCUGCUAUGUGAGAUACUAAGUGCUAGUUAUUAUGACUGUCUGUAAAACAAAAAUACCUGAAAUUAACCUUAUGAUCUUGACCUGUGAAUGCUUAGUCUUUUCUUUCAUCUUUCUUUUCUCAAAGAAUUCUGCUGUCAGAUAGACAAGGCUUUUAAGAAAACUCAGGUUUUGGGGAACGUAUCUGUGGGUUUUUUUUGCUUGGAGAAUUUUUCUUUCAUUAGGUGAUAAAGGUCCCUAUGCCUCAGAGGUGGUUUAUAGAUGGCACUUGCUCCAUUUCCCAAGUUGGAUUCAGUUAUACUUGGGUCUUUGGAAGCAGCAGCAAUGUGGCUUACUCCUGGCUGUUUAAAAAGGAACAUGUGAGAGCCAGCCCUGAUGGCCUCGCGGUUCAAGUUCAGUGCACUGCACUUGGGCAGCCCAGGUUCAGUUCCCAGGGUUGGUACCACACCACUUGUCUGUCAGUAGCCAUGCUGUGGCAGCAGUUCACAUAGAAGAUCCGGAAGAACUUACAACUAUGCACGACUAUGUAUUGGGGCUUUGGUGAGGCGGGAGAAGGAAGGAAAAAGGAGGAAGAUUGGUGACAGAUGUUAGCUUAGGGCGAAUCUUUCCCUGCGAAAAAUGAAAAUUAAAAAUUAAAAAGGAACAUGUGAUGAGAUUAAUCAGGAGCAUUGGGGACUCUACCUUCACCUGGGUCUUUGUAUUAUAAAACUGGCACCAUCUAAUAAAGCUGCUUUCAUAGAUAAAAAAUGUUCCUUCUAGCAAAGAUCUUGGUUGGUUAAGAAUGGGUCAAGUUUGGGGCUGGCCCAGGGUUUGCUGGUUCAGAUCCUGGCUGCAGACCUACUUGCCACUCAUCAAGCCAUGCUGAGGUGGUGUCCUACAUAGAAGAACUAGAAGGACCUACAACUAGGAUAUACAACUGUGUACUGGGGGCUUUGGGGAGAAAAAAAAAAGGAAGAUUGGCAACAGAUGUUAUCUCAGGGCCAAGCUUCCUCAAAAUAAAAAAAAGAACAGUCAAGUUAUAAAUUUUAGGUAUCAAGUUAACUCCUGCUUGUUUAAGACUACUUACAUAUUCUACUAAAGUUUACACAGGAGCUGUUAAAUUUGUGAGUUAUAGAACUUGAGGGACAUUAAUAGCCAUGUAAAACUGAAAUUUUACUUAAAAUAAUGAACUCAAACAUCUGAUUUCCAAAAUCUCUUCAAAUUUUAGGGACUUGCUGCAUAUAAGGUAUACAUAAUGCCAAACUCGUAUGCAUUUAACAUCUUGAAAAUUUAUCCCUAAAUGUUGGAUUAGAUAAUCUUUAAGAUUCUUUCCUUAAAGAGAAUUUCCAUCAAAAA